UCCCACCCCUGCCUCUACAAUGGCUGCAAGAACCAUGAUCAUUGACCAUGGGUCUGGCUUUUUGAAGGCUGGUCUGUCCGGCUGGAAUGAGCCCCAGAUGGUCUUCCCGAACAUCGUGAACUACAUGCCGUGCAGGGAGAACCCCGGCCCCAGCUACGCCCGGAGGCGCGUGAGCCUGGGCAUCGACAUUUGCCACCCCGACACCUUUAGCUACCCCGUGGAGCGUGGCCGUGUCCUCAACUGGGAGGGCGUGGAGUACAUGUGGUCAUUUGUCCUGGAUAAACACAGACGGGAGCCUGAGGACUCCCCCGUGAUGGUCACGGAGUUUCCCUUGAGGGAGCCUGCGGACCGACAGAAGACCCUGGAGAUCAUGUUCGAGCUGCUGGAUGUCCCAUCUGUGCUCCUGGCUGACCAGCUGCAGAUGUCUCUGUAUGCCUCUGGCCUCCUGACUGGCGUGGUGGUUGAUUCUGGCUACGGCUUGACCCGUGUGCAGCCCUUCCACCUAGGCCGCCCCCUUCCCUCCAGCAGCAAGAUGCUGGAGUUUGCUGGCCAGGAUCUCUCCACCUACCUCUUCAAGAGCCUCUUUAAGGAGGAUUUCAAUAGACACAACUUGUUCCAGCUGGAAACGGUCGCCGCGACUCAGAUGACCAAGUGCUAUGUGCCGCAGCACCUGGGGGAGGCCCUGGACUUCCGCCAGAGCCUGCCCAGUGGCUCAGACGAGAGCAACAGCUACCGGCUCCCGGAUGGCACACCGGUGGAGCUGAGCCCCCUGCAGCGGCUGGCCCCCGAGAUGUUCUUCAACCCGCAGGUGUUCGACCUGCCAGGGCCCAGCAUCCCGCAAGCUGUCGUGGAUUCAGUGGAGUCCUGUGAGGCCUCCAUGCAGCCACUGCUGGUCUCCCACGUGAUGGCCUGUGGGGGCAACACCCUGUACCCUGGCUUCACGAAGCGCCUAUCCAAGGAGCUGGCCGCAGAUCGGCUCUCCUACACCAAGUCCACCAUCUGGGUGGGCUCCAACCGGAACUUCAGCGUCUGGUUGGGGGCAUCCGUGGUGGCACAUCUUUCUACGCACAAGUCGGAGUGGAUGACCAGGGAGGAAUAUGAGGAGCGCAUGAGACUGUGA